AUGAUUGAAGACGACCUCCUGAUUGAAGAUUCUUUAAGGGACGAUGUGUUAUAUGCUCUUGAUGCCAAGGAAACCCCUUUGUUUGCCAACAUCGUCAAUUACCUUGCAUGUAGUGAUAUUCCACCAACUUUCACUUUUCAACAACAACGAAGGCUUAAGUAUGAAGCCACGAAAUACAUAUGGGAUGAUCCAACAUUGUUGAAAAGAGGGGUGGAUGGGCUUUUGAGGAGGUGUGUUCCCGAUGAAGAAUUCCAAAGGAACCGGCACAUUCUUGUUGUCGUUGACUAUGUUUCCAAAUGGGCGGAAGCCGUGGCAUCUCCCACUAAUGAGUCAAAGGUAGUUGUCAGUUUGUUCAAGAAAGUCAUCUUCCCAAGAUUCGGUGUUCCUAAGGCAAUCAUAAGUGAUGGAGGUUCACACUUCAAGCACCAUACAUUCAACAAGCUUCUUUCAAAGUAUGGUGUAUCGCACAAGCGAGGCCUUGCUUACCACCCCCAAACAAGUGGUCCAGUUGAGGUCAAAAAUAGGAACUUGAAAGUCAUCUUGGAGAAGACCGUUGCUAGAACAAGGAAGGAUUGGUCUAGUAAGCUUAUUGACUCAUUAUGGGCUUACAGGAUUGCCUUUAAGACUCCAAUUGGGACAACUCCCUAUAAGCUUGUGUAUGGGAAGAAUUGCCAUCUCCCGGUUAAAAUGGAGCAUAAGGCAAAUUGGGCCAUCAAGCAAAUCAAUUUUGAUCUCCAUGCCGCGGGUGAACAAAGGUUGCUAGAUCUUCAUGAGCUAGAAGAGCUCCGCAUGAAUGCCUAUGAUAGCGCAAGUUUGUAUAAGGCUAGAACCAAAGCAUGGCAUGACGCACAGCUCUCCAAGAAAGAGUUUGUGGAAGGACAAAAGGUCCUACUCUACAAUUCAAGGCUCAAGCUUUUUCCCGGAAAGCUACGAUCUAGAUGGAGCGGCCUAUUCCAAGUGUCCAAGUUCUUCCCAUACGGUGCAAUUGAGAUCUUCAAUGAUAAGUACCCUCCAUUCAAAGUGAAUGGACACCGUCUCAAGCCAUAUUUUGAGGGUCAACCAAUCGCAAAACCAGAAAAUUUGUCACUUAUUGAUGUGUUCAAGUCCCCUUGA